AACAAAGUCACAUGGUGUGGGGGUCGGAGUGGCGAGCGAGCUGACACACGGAUGGCUGCGAAGAUGGAGGUCAGGAUAAACUGGCUGGUGGUUCUGUGCGGCUGCCUGUGUCUCGCCCUGACCGGAGCAUCUGAGACGGAGCGGCGCCUCCUCCAGAAGCUCUUCACAGACUACAACCUGAAGGUGCGCCCGGUCAUCAGCUGGGAGGAGAAAGUGAUGGUGCGGGUGGGGAUGACCCUGUCUCAGCUGGUCAGCCUGAAUGAGAAAAAUAGCGAGAUGACAACCAACGUCUUCAUGAAUCUGUUGUGGACGGACUACCGGUUGUCAUGGAACCCGGCGGAGUAUGACGACAUCGAAGUGGUCCGGGUUCCCCCAAACAAGGUCUGGCGCCCCGAUAUCUACCUCAUCAACAACAAUGACGGCCAGUUUGACGUGGCCCUGUAUGUCAACGUCUUGGUUUACAGCAGCGGGGUGGUGACCUGGUUACCCCCAGCCAUCUACCGCAGCUCCUGCUCUAUCGAGGCAGCGUACUUCCCCUUCGACUGGCAGAACUGCACCAUGGUGUUCAGGUCUUACACCUACGAUGCCUCCGAGGUCGACCUCCAGUACUUCCUGGAUGAGGACGGCAACGAGAUCCAGGAGAUUGUCAUCGAUCAGAACGCCUUCACUGAGAACGGGGAGUGGAACAUUUGCCACAAGCCCAGCAGGAAGAACGUGAAGCGGGACCUGUAUGAAGACAUCACCUUCUACCUGAUCAUAGAGAGGAAGCCCCUCUUCUACAUCGUCAACAUCAUCGUGCCCUGCAUCAUCACCAGUGUGCUGGCCAUCUUCGUGUUCUACCUGCCGCCCGGAGCAGGAGAAAAGAUGACCCUCUCCAUCUCCGUACUCAUCGCCCUCACCGUCUUCAUGCUGCUGCUGUCCAAUAAGGUCCCUGAGACGUCGCUGGCCACGCCCAUCAUCGUCAACUACGUCAUGUUCACCAUGGUCCUGGUCACCUUCUCCGUCAUCCUCAGCGUGGUGGUGCUCAACCUCCACCACCGCUCCACCAACACCCACCAGAUGCCCAAGUGGGUGCGCAAGGUUUUCAUCGACUUCCUCCCAAAGUACAUCGGCAUGACCAGGCCGCCAACAGAGGAACCAGAGGAGGAGUGGGAGAAGGAGCAGGAGUCUACCGACUUGGGCCGACCGCUGCAACCGCCGCCCGGGAGACGACCUGGGGGGGAGUACUUUAUCCGUAACAUCGACCCCGAUCGUGUCAUGCCAUGGACAGACAGGAACGAGAGCACGGUGCAGCUCCAGCGCUACUUUGACACCGAAAGCUACUGCCUGGUGCUGCCGCCAAACCUCAAGUCGGCCAUUGCGGCCGUCACCUACAUGAGUGAACAGCUGAAGAAACAGGACACGGGUGACUCGAUCACAGGGGACUGGCAGUAUAUAGCCCUGGUGGUGGACCGGCUCUUCUUCUGGCUGUUUGUGGUCAUCACAGGUCUGGGCACCCUGGCAAUGUUCCUGGAUGCCAGCUUCAACUUCACCCCAGACGAGCCCUUCCCAUAGUCCCCACAAACACACACUUACACACACACACACACACACACACACACACACACACACACACACACACACACACACACACAC